AGCAUGCCUCCCUGUCACAUGGUUAGCUGAGUGCUCAGUGGGAGAAGUGGAGCGGUUACCCAUAGCAACCAAUCGGGGCUCUGCUUUCAUUUUCCAAUGCGCCUCUGAGACAUUAGAGCGGGGAUCUGAUUGGCUGCCCACGAGGCAUGCUGGGAGUUGUAGUUUAUCCUCACCUGGAGAGGCAGAGGCUGUAGAUGGCUGCCCUGGGAGUGAGGAUGAAUGGCGAGGCUGACGGGGAGGUCGAUUACAAGAGGAAGUACAAGAACCUAAAGCGCAAGCUCAAGUUCCUCGUCUACGAGCAAGAAUGUUUCCAGGAGGAGCUACGGAGGGCCCAGAGGAAGCUGCUGAAAGUCUCCAGAGAUAAGAGCUUCCUACUGGACAGAAUCCUUCAGUAUGAGAACGUUGACGACGACUCGUCAGAUUCUGAUAUGACGGCGUCUUCAGACAACAGUGACACCGAGGGAGGACGUGAUGUUGGCACCCCCACUGCCAGGAGGAAGAGCAGUCCAUCUGCCGGUCCGGCCUCCCCUCCCCCAUCCUCCUCAUCAGGCCUGUCCCUGCACGCGUCUGGGGGCCCCUACCUUAGCGCAAUGAGCUCACCCCCCUACACCCCGUUCCCCUCGGAAUAUCUGGCUCCUAUCCCCAACUCCACGUCCCCCAAACCCGAGCGAGUCAAGAGAGACAGAAAGAACCGCGGGGUUAAGCCCAGGAGACCUAAGAUGGCCCUCAGCUCGCCCUCUGGGGUCCUGCCCUUCAGUUCCCGGUCAUCCAGCCUUCCGCCGCUGUCCUCCUCAAGCAAGCACGCCCCACCCCCGCCCAUCCUCAGCACGGUGCCACAGCAGAUGUUCAGCGAUGGCGGGGAGGGCAGCGGAGAAGAGGGGCCCCUGGAUGGAGAUGAGGAGGAUGACUUGGUCAUAGACAUCCCUGAGUAAGGCCUGAACCUGCCGGCACGACCAUAUGCUGCACUGAAGUCUGCUCGGCUUCGAGGAGGGACUCCCAUUAUCCUCGUGGACGGCUGCCGUGUCUGCUGAGACUCCGGACUGUCUCAUUUUAUAAGAUUUCCUCAGCCGGACGUUGACACGGAUCCAGUGACUGUACCGAUCACGCGGGUGCAUUGCAUUGUGGGAGAUGUAGUGUUAAUAUUGAGAACUGUAUGGGGGGGGGGGGGGGACUGGCCAUAGACCCUACAGGGAAAUCUCUGGGCGCCCUGAUCCCUCCUCGCGGCCGCUGGCGGGUACAUAACGACCUGUUGCUCCAGCGUUAAUUAAUGUAGGAGCAUCAGGCUCCUAUGUACCUGGCUGCAGGGGCCCGCCCGAAUUCAUCUGCAUGGCUGUCCUCAGGACGUUAGCGCAGUUGUAUACUGUGGUGAGGGCGGCAGUAUUUGGUUCUGCGGGGGUGGUAUUUUGUUCUGCACUAUGGUAUUGCUUGUGUUGCCCCAUCUACUGUCAGUUUGGACCUACCUACAACGCGGGGCCACUUUUUUUUUUUUUCCUGGGGCCAUUUGAAGUUCCCAGUCUGUCCCUGGUGUAUGAGAUCUACUGGGGCCACUACAUCUCCUGCAGAGCACGCCCACUGACCCUAAUUAAACCCUUCCCCUCCUGCAGCACAGCAGAGCACGCCCACUGACCCGGUCACAGGACGGGUGGGAGUCCCGAUUGUGCUGCAUUGUGGGAAAUGGACGAUGAAGCCCUACAUCUCUCGCAGUGCAGCAGAGCAUGCCCGGCGCACUCGCGUCCUGCGCAGUGCAGUCUACCAGACCUUGGUGCUGGAUGUCGUUUUUUUUAACCUGAUUUGUGAAUGAAUUGACUCUCUGAAAAUGGAGUUGUGGCCCCGGGGUUACACUUUACAGCAGAUGUGACGCUUGUUUACAAGGUGCCGCCCGCGACGGCGUUCUUCUGCCUCCGAUUUAUUUACAAUGAAUUUUUUUUUCACUUUUGGUGCUGUGCAUCCUGAAGUGAAGCUUUUAGCACCACCUGGUGGUGGCAUGAGGGCACUGCACUGAGAUUAAAUCCUGCACAAAC